GCAGAGCAGCGCGGGCCCCAGCGACCCGCCCGCCAUGGGGGACGAGGAUGAGGAUGAGGGCUGCGCCGUGGAGCUGCGGAUCACGGAAGCCAACCUGACCGGGCACGAGGAGAAGGUGAGCGUGGAGAACUUCGAGCUGCUGAAGGUGCUGGGCACGGGAGCCUACGGGAAGGUGUUCCUGGUGCGGAAGGCAGGCGGGCACGACUCAGGGAAGCUGUAUGCCAUGAAGGUGCUGCGCAAGGCCGCGCUGGUGCAGCGCGCCAAGACGCGGGAGCACACGCGGACAGAGCGCUCCGUGCUGGAGCUGGUGCGCCAGGCACCUUUCCUGGUCACGCUGCACUACGCCUUCCAGACCGAUGCCAAGCUGCACCUCAUCCUGGACUAUGUGAACGGGGGCGAGAUGUUCACCCACCUCUACCAGCGCCAGCACUUCAAGGAGGCCGAGGUGCGCGUGUAUGCGGGCGAGAUCGUGCUGGCGCUCGAACACCUGCACAAGCUGGGCAUCAUCUACCGAGACCUGAAGCUGGAGAACGUGCUGCUGGACUCCGAGGGCCACAUCGUGCUCACAGAUUUCGGGCUGAGCAAGGAGUUCCUGACAGAGGAGAAAGAGCGGACCUUCUCCUUCUGUGGCACCAUCGAGUACAUGGCCCCCGAAAUCAUCCGCAGCAAGUCGGGGCAUGGCAAGGCUGUGGACUGGUGGAGCCUGGGCAUCCUGAUCUUUGAGCUGCUGACGGGGGCCUCGCCCUUCACGCUGGAGGGCGAGAGGAACACGCAGGCAGAGGUGUCCCGACGGAUCCUGAAGUGCUCCCCUCCCUUCCCCUCUCGGAUCGGGCCAGUGGCGCAGGACCUGCUGCAGCGGCUACUUUGCAAGGACCCCAGGAAGCGGCUGGGUGCGGGGCCCCAGGGGGCGCAGGAGGUCAAGAGCCACCGUUUCUUCCAGGGUCUGGAUUGGGCUGCUCUGGCUGCCAGAAAAAUUCCAGCUCCAUUCCAACCCCAGAUCCGCUCAGAGCUGGAUGUGAGCAACUUUGCAGAAGAGUUUACUCGGCUGGAGCCCGUCUACUCCCCGGCUGGCAGCCCCCCAUCUGGGGACUCGCGCAUCUUCCAGGGAUACUCCUUCGUGGCACCGUCCAUCCUGUUUGACCACAAUAACGCUGUGAUGAGUGAUGUGCUGGAAGCACCUGGCACUGGAGACCGGCCCGGGAGGGCAGCGGUGGCCCGGAGCGCCAUGAUGCAGGUAGGGAGGCUGGGCGGUGUGACGGCGGUGAAAUCCGGGACCUCUAUUAUCGACUUCGGGUUCGCGCGGCUGCGCCCGCAGAGCCCCGCGGGGCCCAUGCAGACGCCCUGCUUCACGCUGCAGUACGCGGCGCCCGAGCUGCUGGCGCAGCAGGGCUACGACGAGUCCUGCGACCUCUGGAGCCUCGGCGUCAUUCUGACGGCCACCUUCUCGCCGGGUCCUCAGGCGGCCCUUCCUCGGUGCGUGCGCCUCCCUGGUGUUCGUCUCUGCGUGUUCACCUUUCCUCCGCCCCAGGACACCGAUGGUGUGACCGCCAGGCACCCAGGGGAGGGCCCCCUCAGCAGAGCGCGGUCUCGCGGCGGCGUCUUGCUGUGGGUCUUCCUUCGCCCUCCCCUGGCCGCUGUGGACGGCGAUGCGGCCAGAGACCCGCGCUUUCUCAUCAACGACUGCUCCUGUCUGCUCCGCGGUCACCCCUCGCCCGGCGUGGCCUGA